GCCGGCAGGCUGAGCGCGGGUAGAGCUCCGGUAUCUGGGCGCCGCUAGCAGCAGGGCAGCGGGAAGCAUGGCCACGGCGGCGGCGGCUGUGGCCCGUCGGGCCGGGGCGAGGGCGGCGGCGGCUCUGCUGAGCGCCUGCGGGACCGCGGCCCGGGGGUGGCGGCGCGCGGGCCCCGCACGGCCCUUGUGCACAGCACCUGGAACGGCCCCGGACAUGAAAGGCUACCUGUGGGAGCGCUACCGGGAGGCAAAGAGGAGCACGGAAGACUUAGUGCCUUCAAUUAUGAACAACUUGUUGAAUCCAGACGCCAUUUUCUCAAACAAUGAGAUGAGCCUGUCGGACAUUGAAAUCUAUGGCUUUGAUUACGAUUAUACCCUGGUGUUUUACUCAAAGCACCUCCACACGCUGAUAUUUAAUGCCGCGCGGGACCUUCUCAUCAAUGAACACCGGUAUCCGGUGGAAAUCAGGAAGUAUGAGUAUGACCCAAAUUUUGCCAUCCGUGGACUUCACUACGAUGUGCAGCGGGCGGUUUUGAUGAAGAUAGAUGCUUUUCAUUACAUCCAGUUGGGAACCGUCUACAGAGGCCUCAGCGUUGUCCCCGAUGAAGAAGUCAUUGAAAUGUACGAGGGGUCCCACGUGCCUUUGGAACAGAUGAGUGACUUUUAUGGAAAGAGUUCUCACGGAAACACCAUGAAGCAGUUCAUGGACAUCUUCUCCCUGCCGGAGAUGUCGCUCCUGUCCUGUGUCAACGAGUACUUUCUCAAGAACAACAUUGACUAUGAGCCUGUCCAUCUGUACAAAGACGUCAAGGAUUCAAUUCGAGACGUGCACAUCAAAGGAAUCAUGUACCGAGCAAUCGAAGCAGAUAUCGAAAAGUACAUCUGCUACGCCGAGCAGACCCGCGCAGUGCUGGCCAAACUGGCUGAUCAUGGCAAGAAGAUGUUUCUCAUCACCAACAGCCCCAGUAGUUUUGUGGACAAAGGGAUGAGGUAUAUUGUCGGAAAAGACUGGAGGGACCUGUUUGAUGUGGUCAUCGUUCAGGCUGAGAAGCCAAACUUCUUUAACGAUAAGCGGAGACCUUUCCGAAAGGUGAACGAGAAAGGUGUCUUACUCUGGGAUAAGAUCCACAAGUUGCAGAAAGGCCAGAUUUACAAGCAGGGAAAUUUAUAUGAAUUUUUGAAGCUUACUGGGUGGAGAGGAUCCAAAGUGUUGUAUUUUGGCGACCACAUAUACAGUGACCUGGCGGAUUUGACCCUGAAGCAUGGCUGGCGAACAGGUGCGAUUAUCCCGGAGUUAAGAUCUGAGCUCAAAAUCAUGAACACGGAGCAGUACAUUCAAACCAUGACUUGGCUGCAGACCCUGACCGGGUUAUUGGAGCAGAUGCAGGUUCACAGAGAUGCUGAGUCACAGCUGGUUUUGCAGGAGUGGAAAAAGGAAAGAAAGGAGAUGAGGUAA